AGUCUUCAGUUUCAGAGCUGCUGAACGUCACACAGCAGCACAUUGCUCUGCAGCGCAGACUCUACCAGCAAUAUGGUCAGAGGAUCAACCGUCAGUGGCUUUGGAGAUCCACACCUAACCACCAGAGUAAGUAAAUGCACCAUGCACUGAGCUCCUGCUGCAAUCUUCAAUUAGACUAGGACUGAUGAUUUUAAACCUGAAUGAGGAAUCAUGUUUUAUCUUUAGAGUGUUUGGUCAAGAUUUCUGAUCACUGAAACUGGACGGACACUCAAAGCCUCUUGUUUGCUUGAUAAGAAGUUAUAAAAAUAUGAAUAUGACAUGUACUUUUUGCACAGCUAUUUUUGAAUUAGCGUCUCACACUGCUCAAAAUCAAGAUUAAUAACAAUAAACAUCUUAUAUUACUGGUCUUAAAUGGUGUUAUAUCAUGCCUUUUUAUAUUGGAAGAAGUCAUAUUUUUGUUAAGCUUGUAUUUUUCAGUUUGAAUAAAUCUCAUCAUUUAUGUUUCUUCCCUCAGCUGAAACCAAGUGUUGUUCAUUUAUGCGGUUCUGAUGUUCAUGCCACCUUGGCAUGUUUCAUAAAUUGCUUUGAGUUUUUUUCAUAAACUGACAGUUUCAUGUUCGGUAACACUAAAACUUCUCACUUUUGCAGCUUACUGUGCAACUACAGCCUGAAAAAAACAACAGAAACAGAUAAAAACAGGACCAAAAUAAAAACAGAAAUGAGCAUUUAAAGGAAACAAAACUUGGCUUGAAAUAACCUUUCUGCUGAAAUGCAUGGGUGAGAGCUGCACCAAUGUAAAAUGGAACAAACAACCCUGUGUUUGAAUUUGCUGUACAUGCUGAUAAAGUAAUUUUACAAAUGUGAGUUGUGGCACAGUGAGUUUAUUUACCUAAUGUUUACUUGUAUACAAACAAGCAUAUUUUUAUUUAUUUUUUAUUCAACAUCCUAGCGGCAAUGACUCACUGAGACCAAGAUCUCUGUUCCAGAGGUGCUCUGAAGCUAUGCAUGCAUAACAACAAAAUAAACAUAUAAAAACAGUGAAAACUAUUUAUGAAUAUACUCAUAAACACAUUCAUACUUACGAGUCUGUAUCAUUUCAAAUGUAAAUUAGCUACCACUCACUACUUUUAUGAGUUCAGACACACUGUAUGAAACUGAAAAGGGCGGCUUCACUGUCAUUUGAAAGAUUUUCUGCAAAACAAGUAUUUUAAAAGUUGCUUUGGUGUGAGAUCUAGUUGAUCUAGUCAUCAAGCACCUUAUAAAUAAGCAGAAUAGUGUUUUGCUUUCUACAAUGAACCAAAGAGAAACAGCCUGUAGAUUUGUAGUACACAAUGGUGAGUGUGGGGUCUGUUACCUGUGAUAUAUGUCAUUCGUAUGUAUGAGAAGUUUGUUUCCAUAGUCUAAAAUAAGCAGCUCUAUAGCCUAUUACAGUUUUUAUUUCUGUUUCUCCGUGUUAGACAGGACUCGCCCCUUUAAAGAAACUCAAGUUUAGGCCUUUGCUUUCUAGUUAGUUUUUAAAUGUGUGACCUAAACGACAGAUCCUGAUCCCACCAGAUACUCAGGCGCUUAUUAUGAAUAUUAAUAUUCAGGGCUUACACUGUCAUAGCAGACAAGGCAGCACCCACAGAGUCAGUGUACUAUCUUAAGAAACCCAGGUGUUUUGUUUUUGAGGGGUUUCGCAUAUAUUUGAGAGCAGAAAUUCUUGGAAUAGAAUCAAAAUUAUUCCGCCAAAGAGCUUCACUGUAACAGGAUACAACUGAGUACAAUAAUUACGACUAUUUGUCAAAGCACUUUUUAAACCACUGUUUUUAACAGUGCAAUAAAAAUAAAGUUAUAAUAAAAUAAUAAUAAUAAUAAUGAUAAUAAUAACAACAACAACAACAACAAUAAUAAUAAUAAUAAUAAUAAUAAUAAUAAUAAUAAUAAUAAUAAUAAUAAUAAUAAUAAUAAUUAUUAUUAUUAUUAUUAUUAUUAUUAGUAGUAGUAGUAGUAGUAGUAGUAGUAUCAUCAUUUUUAUUAUUUUUAUUAUUAUUAUUAUUACCUCCAUGAAGGAUUAGUGAGAUGGUUGUGGAAGCAGUGACAUAAAAUCUCAUCAAGACCUACAAAAAAUUAUCUACUGAUAGAGUGACACCCUACAUGCAUUUUUGACCAAAAUUGAUAUGCACUUACCAUCUAUAUAGACAUUUUUAAGAACCCAAGAUUUAUUAACAAAUGAAAAUAAAACAUGAAUCUGAUCAUAAGAUCAAAAGUUCAAUAAAUGAAUAAAUAGGCACCCAUAAAUAAUUGAUAAUUACUGUAUUACUUAACCUGUGCUCUCCUCGUAGAAGGUCAAUAUACUACAGAAAAUAUGGAGAAUAUGGGAUAUAUUACAUAUGGAGGGUUACAAUUUUUCACCAUGGAAGACAUUAAAAAACAGAAUAAGGUCUUAUAUGUAUAGCCUUUAUAUCUUAUAUAGACAAAAGGAAGUACCCUGCAUUUAUGAAUAAACAAUAAAAGACCAAGCACCACUAUAUGAAAAACAUAUGUUAUCAUGGCCUUAGGAUGAAAACACAUCUUCCAUAUAUUGAAGACAAAAAGUUGUAUAAAAUUAUAAGGGCGACUUUCAAUAUAUAUGUGUUAUAUAAUAUGUGUUUAGCAUUUAGAUAAAAGCAUGAUAAAGUUCCUGAUUUGUGUGCACUAUGACAUUUCUCAGCUUGUAGGACUUUGUUUGACUUUUAAAUACUUUAAAUAUUUUACAUCUGUUUUAAUAAAUAUAUCAUAUUUUGAAGACCUGUUUGUGGCUGACCUCACCCAAAAAUAAACCCAGAGGAAAUGUUUGCCUCUGCUUAUCCAGACAAUAUAGCUAUAUCUUCGAACACUGAACCAAAACUGUUUCCAGCAUUGUUUAAAGAGUGACCGUUUCACUCUUUAACUGGCCACUUUCAGAUGAAUGUGUCGGUGGCUCUCGUGGUUAAAACUGCAGUUGCAGCACAGAAAGUGAAUGCAUCCUAGUUUAGUUUUGCUGUGUAAAAAAUGGUUAAAUAUACUCAUUGAAUGCAUCUUAUAUAAAAACUGAAGGCAUCCAUGUGAGAGCAUUUGGGUGAAAGUUACCAGUUAACAUGGUCACACUAUAAAACGGAACAGUGGCAGCCACUGUGGUUGCAUGCUAUGAAACUUGUCAACAGUAUCUAACCUCAGUUCAACCAGGUUUAACUGAAAAUAAAUUCUGAACCCCACCACCAAACUCUUUAAUGAAUUAAAAAAGUUAAUCCGACCCAUGACUCACUGAGAGGAAAGUAAUACGUAAAAGGAUCUGUCAUGAAAUGAAAAAGAGAAGUCAGAAACUUGACAAUGAGUUGAAACAGGAGGAGAGGUUAUGACUUAUUUUGGUUUUAUUGUUUUACUGUUUUUUGUUUUUGUUUGAGUUUAGUUUUUGAGCAGUAUAACAGGAAAGUGCUGCACUUUAUUCUUAAACACAUGUGAGGUUAUGACAGCAGUGAGAAUAUCAGCUGAAAAAGUGCUUCUUUAGAUACUGAGCUGCCGUCUCGUCCUCCACCCUUUCUGACGUACGUUUGCAGACAUGAUUUCCAUUACUCGAUGCAUGAGUAAUCAUCAGUGAUGUUGGAUCAUUACAGAUCAGAGAUAUUUAAAACUGAAGAAAAGCACAUCACUGAGGGUUGAUCAGUCAGUAAUACACCAUCAUCUCCUCUCUUCUUCUCUCUCUCUCUGUAAACAGUGAGGAUGUUAAGAUGCAGGUUCACAGGUUCACCCCUCUCCUGGUCUACCUGUCACACCUGUGGACACUCCUGCUCCUGGUCUCAGGUCAUCCACAGCAUGGACCAUGUCAGCUGGUGAGAGGACUCUCCUGAUCUAAACACUUCUUAUUAAAUUACAUUAUAAAAUCAAAUGAAACUGUACCUAUGUGUGUAGAUUUUAAACAUGACAAAAGGUUUAAAAAUAUUCACGUGAACAUCCUGCAGGAAACUACACAUGUUGCAGGGCAUUGUGGGUGUUGUGUUAUUUCCCACUUUGCUUCAUCAGGAAGGAAAAAAAAGGAAAUGAUCCGUUUUUAAAGCCACCAUUGAUAUUUAAAGUUCAUUCGUCACUGAUACAGAAGAUUUUGUCUUUCCAGUUACAUUUCUAGCAUAUCUGUAAAUGUAUAAUGUCCAAACAACAAUUAAACGUGUAAGAAAUAAACAUUAGCAGCUAAUUGUUGCUGCAAAUUUCAAUGUGUCCUCAAACCAGACAGUGUAGUUGACCAUCACUCCUGUUAGGUUUGUAGUAAGGUGACCAGAUUUCUGUAAUAAAAUCCAGGGACAUCCGGGAACAUAUUUCUGGAGAGCAGAGGAGGGGCAUCUGCUGCGUGAUCGCAGACAACAUCUCUAGCAGCGCAUGGCCUUCAUAAAAACUGUUGUUCAGGACUGCGCGCAACAUGCUUACUCGCGCUUCCUACCUACUCGGGUACCGUAAUAACUGUUGUUCUAGUCUACACACAACAUUUUCUUUUCUCAUUCAUGAAACACUUAAAUAAUUUCCGGGGACAGGUCAUCCAAAUGUACAAUCGUCUGGUCACCUUAGUUUUGAGGCUCUGUCGUUUGAGGGGUGUCUCUCUAAGAACUCACAGCUUCUUUAAUCCUCCUGAAAUAGCAUAAUAACCACUAAUAUACAUCUAUGUUGACUUUUCUUCAUUCUCAGAUCCAAAGAUCGGCCCUGUGCAACAGUAGGAGGCUCUCCUCUGUACCUGCAGGACUCCCAGACAACAUAGAGGAGCUUCAACUGAACUACAACCACAUCCAAACACUACAGCAGGACUCCCUGCAGUUUUACCCAUCUUUACACACUCUGAGCUUAGCUUGUAACAGCUUGGCGACAUUACAAUCAAACACUUUUCAAGACUCAAGACUGUUAGAAAACUUAAAUGUAGCAAACAACAACCUUCAUACCAGCUACCAAGAAACAAGCAAAGCAUUACAGACUCUUCCCAGACUCAGGGUUCUGGAUCUGUCCGUGAACAGGCUAGAUGAUGAGAUGGCUGCCACUUUCCUCCAGAACCUGACAUCUCUGGAGUAUCUGAAUCUCUCUGGAAACCUCCUGCAAAGACUGGAUGAGACCUCAUUUAGAGAUCUCCACAAGCUCAAAGAGCUUGACCUGCAGAGAAACAUCAUGUUUGAGAUUGAUGGAGCCUUCGACAACAAUCCAAAACUGCAGCGGCUUAACCUGGCCUUCAACUACCUACCAUGCCUGAUAGAUUUCCACAUGACCCAGCUGGUUGUCCUUAAUGCCAGCCACAACUUCAUCGAGUGGUUCAUCUCUAGAUCAGACAUGAACGACACCUUCCAGCUGGAGACACUUGAUCUGUCAGACAACAGACUGCUCUUCUUCCCCUUCCUGCCAAACCAGAGUCACCUGAAGAACCUUUAUCUCUCCCACAACAGCCUCAGGUUUUACCAACACAUGGUGGAGAACGACACAAUCCUCAACUCCACCUCAACCGUGGAGUUUUACAAUCUGGAGAAAUACAGUAAGAGCAACGUAACGGCUCAGCUGUGGGAUGAGAACCUUCAUGGUGACAUCUCCUCUGUGGAGAUUUUAGACCUGAAGGCCAACCAGGUAGAGUAUUUACCUCGAGGGUUCAUCCAGAAGAUGCCUUCACUGUCCAGACUCAAAAUGUGCACAAACUGUCUGGAGUCCUUGAACUUCACGUCAGAGGAGUUUUCGGCAAGCUUAUACGAACUGGACGUCAGCAACAACAGGCUGAAUGAGAUAGCUGCAGAUGAAGGUACGCUGGCUCUUCUUGGAAACCUGACGUACUUUAACCUGAGUCUGAAUGAUCUGUCAUGGCUACCUUCUGGAUUAUUCUCCUCCCUGACCAGCCUCAGGUCUGUGGAUCUCAGCUAUAACAGCAUAGAUAUCUGCCGUCCAGGUGAGGCUGAGACCAGCACAGACUUUUUCUCAGCCUGUGUUGACUGGAAAGACGUUGUUUCCCUUCGGCAGCUCUACCUAAAGGGGUGCACUCUUGAAAAUAUCCCACAGUCUGCUUUUUCUGGUUUAUCUUUAACUCACCUGGACCUCUCUGACAACCCCGGACUCAUAGUGAAAGAGUCCUUAUGCGGUCUCAGCAGGACGUUACAACAUUUAGGUUUAGGAAACACAAACAUAACCGACUUUGACUUCUCCCAUUUUCAAAGUCUGAAGUUCUUAAACAUUUCAAGAAACUCUCUCACCCAUCUCCCCUCCUCCAUCCUAAACCUGGACCUGAAAGUUCUGGAUCUGAGGGACAACAAACUGUUCACGAUCCCCUCAGCUCAGGCAAACACAUUAGCCCCCAGACUGCACACAGUCUUCCUCAGAGGGAAUCCGUUCAACUGCUGCCUGACAGAGUGGUUCAGGACGUUUGAGACCAUCGACAUGGUCGAACGCUCAGACAUUGAGUGUGAGGAUUUCCUCUCAAGGACUCACAGAGUUGAGCGCUUCAACUAUGCUCUGUGUUUGGAGGAAGGCGGAGAAUCGAAAUACUGGUUGAUCCUUCUGAUUGUUCCUCUGUGUCUGUUUUUUGUGAUAGUUUCGAUUAUUUUCCUCAUUACUUGGAAGCCUGAAAUUCUCCAAAAAUCAAUCAAGAAGAAGUGUUUGAAGCCGACAUCUUAUUGAACAGUUACUACUUGAUUGUUGUACAGUUUUUUAGGAAUGUAACUGAGUGAACACUGGAAAUACAACCCCAACACAUUUCAAAUCGGCUGGGACGGGGCAUGUUUCCAUUGUGUUGCAUAGCCUCUAAGUUUGGGGAUGCUGUCUCAUUCUUUCCUGCUGCUCAUUUUUGUGUAUUUUUUAUCUCAUGAUUCACAGAAACUUUUCAUUAGGUGACAAAUCAGAGUGCAGGAAUCUUCUCCUACAGAGCCAUGCUGUUGUAAUCCCUGUUGUCAGAAUGCGGUUUGUCAUUGUCUUGCUCAAAUAUGAAGGUCCUCCCUGAUAAACUCUUUGUCUGGAUGGCAGCAGAUGUUGCUCCUGAGCCUGUAGAUAUAGCUCAGCAUUAAUGGAGCCUUCACAGAUGUGGAAGAUACCCAUGACAUGGACUCUGAUGAUCCCCAUACCAUCAGGGAUGCUGGUUUUGAACUGGGAGCUGAGAACAAGCCAGGUGGUUCCUCUACUCUUUAGAGAGGAGGAUCCAUAAUUUCCAAAACAAAUGUCGGAUUUUGAUUUUUCAGACCACAGCACUGUUUUCCACUUUGUUUAAAUCUACUUCCCUCUUUGCAUGGCACAGUUAAAACCUGCAUUUGUGGAUGCAGUGAUGAACUGUGUUCUCUGUGUUUUUGGAAAUGAUUUAAGCCCAUGCAAUGAUUUCCACUACAGAGUCAUGUCUGUUUUUAAUGCAGUGCUGCCCAAGGGCCCAAAAAUCAGUGCCAUCCAGUCAUGGUUUUGGUCCUUGUCCCUUUUGUGCAGAGAUUUCUCCAGAUUCUCUGAAUUUUUUUUUAUAGUAUUAUGGACUAUAGAUGGAUAAAUAUAAUAAUAAAGAACAUUAUUCUAAGAUUGUUGAACCAUUUGCUUCUACAGUCUCUCACAGAGUGGUGACCCACUCUUCCCAUCUUUACUCCAGAGAAACUCAGCCUCUCUGAAUGUCCUUUUUUUCUUCGUCAUGUUCCAAACUUGUUGUAAAUGAACCUCAUUAGUCAGAACAUGUUCCUCCAGGUGUGGUUUUAUUUUCAAUUGUUUGUUGACCCUGUCCAAACUGUUUUGAAAUGUGUCAUCAGCAUAUAAUAAAAAUAAGGAUAUAUUUUUUAUGAAACAAUAAAAUUUUCUAGUUGUAUCAUUUGAUUUGUUGUGCAUCAUUUUCUGUCAAAUAUGGGCUUUGAAUGAUUUGCAAAUUAUGGAAUCUUGUUUUACUAACAUUUCCCUUAUCCUUACUGUUCUGGAUUCAGAGGUGUACAAAUAAAUGUUUGUUAUGAUCGUAAGCAUGACCUUACAGGGUUUACAUGCUGUCGUGUUGUUGGAGUGUGGUUUAACACCAGACCCUAACCUUGAUACCCUAAUGUAAAAAUGUGGCAGGGCUCUUGUGGGACUUGGUGUGUUUGUGUUUGUGAAUGUGAGUGUGUUGGUGGGUUUAUGUGUGUGAACAUAUGCAGAAGUUGUGUGAUGCAAGCUGUUGCUAUAAGCAGCAGAGGAAACAUGAAAUUUCCUGUUUUGCUCAGAUGUGCAGCAACUGCCCAGUUCUGUAUCUGAGUGAGGAGGGUGUGAGGUUUCCUUCCCAUCACUAAGGCUCAGAUCAAUCUUUGACAUCAAGCUAAAACACGAGUCCAUUUAUGCAAAUAAAUAUAACAUUUCUCAACUA